AAUCACAUUUAAUGUUUCACAGGAUUCGUGAAGAUGGCAACAGUGUCAACAUUCUGAAAAUGAAAUAAAUUUCAAGAUAAAACCACAAUAAAAUGGAUAUAUUUGGGUCAGGUCGAAGAAGGUCUAAACCGUCCUUUCUUGGUGGAAUUGAUGAAGAAGCCCCAGGGGAGAGAGGUCGUAAGUCUCCCGUUUUUAGUGGUCGCAGGUCCCCACAGGUUAAAAGGCCUGAUAGUGAAGAGAGAGGGGAUAGUGAACGAGAAAAGCAAGACUUUGAAGAGAACAAGGACAAACAUAAGGAUGAAUCCAGCAGUAGCAGCAGCGAUGAUAGUGAUGUUGAAGAUCUUCUUGAGGACACGGAUGAGAUGGAAGAGUGGCAUGAUGUCUACACGGAGAAUGCUAAGCCACCCAGUGCAUUGACAGUAACACAUGUGAACCAAACCCAUGAUCUACAGAGAUUUGCUGACAUUGAAGCAGCAGUGAAUGCUGAGCACCAGUCCUCUGAAGAAUGGCUUAAACUGCACAGUCUGCAGUACAUGAACCUGGAACUGAAAAAUCUUGUUGACAGAGGCAAAGUUGGGAGACUAGAACCUGACCUGAAGACUGGCAAACCGAAACAACAUAUCCAGUUUGAUGCUUACGAUGUUAACGAAUUUGAAUACAAACUUAACCUUGCAAUUGAAACCUACACAAAACGAAUAAAGUGGCUUUUAACUGGCAGCAAAAGGAUAUUUGGUAAUGUGAAGGGAGAGAGGUGUGUUGUCUGUGUUGACACGUCGGAUGCCAACACUGGGUUUGGAAGAUUGACUGCAUUUCAAGAGUCAUUGAUUCACAUGAUAGAUGAGCAGCUGCCAAGCAAGAAGGGUCUUUUCCUGAUGUCCUUUGGCUCGGACAUUGACCCCUUGUGGCCUGUGAUCAGAGAUGUCAACAUUCGAAUAGUUGAGGAAGCCAAGGAGUGGGUAAUGCGGCUGAAGCCGACAGGGGGCUGUAAUCUAUUGAAGGCAAUGAAGCAUGUGUAUAAACUAAAGGACAUUGACUCCAUCAUGCUAGUGUUGGGCAGUGUUCCAGACCAGGCCUCGGACAUUCUGUGUGAUUACAUCUACCAGAUGGGAGUGGGCCGGUCCAUUCCCCUCCAUUGUGUGGCCUAUGACUGCAGUAACCAGCUCACCAAUGUGACAUUGAGGAGCAUUGCGGAGGCCUCCCACGGGAGAUAUCACUGCUACACGGCCAGCUGUGAAGAGCAGAUUUACACGGGCACAGAUAUCAGUGCGAUUCUGAAGGAGAUCCAGAAAGCUCAGGAUGUCAUCAACAAGAUCAAGGACAUGCGUCAGGGAAUGAUGGGAAGUGCCCUCAUUAGCAUCAUGAAUGAGAUAUCAACAGAAGUUCAGAAGUUGCCUCAGUCGAGAUUCUUGCCCCGUCCACCAGGUCAUGAUAAGCCACUGAGGAUUGAAGAACCCAAGUUCCAGCCCAAGUCCUCACUUGACUGGGUGAAACAACAUGGUUUGAAAGCCAAACAACUGGACCUGUAUCAAGUGCUGGCACCAAACGCAUACUCCUACAAAGAAGAGUUCAUCCCCGUCAUCAAGAAAGCAGUCCAGUCCCAGGUCCACGAGAAGGCCAUGGUGCAGUUCAAGUGGCAUGAUGGGACAGUGAAGAACGUACACGUGGACAUGACGCAGCUGUUUGAGUACCAGAAGCACCUGGCAGCCACCGUGAGCGUGUAUGAGAGUCGAAUUGAUUGGCUUGCCAGCGGCAGUAGACGCAUCUUUGGCACCGUCUGUGAACGCAAUGUUGUCAUACUGGUGGACCUCUCAGUCUCUAACGUGAAUUACCUCGUACAUAUCCAGCACUCCCUUCGACUUCUCAUGGAACAGCAGAUGGCUAACAAGGAUUACUUCAACAUAAUUGCAUUUGGCAGUAUAGCUGUUUCAUGGAAACCAACCAUGUGCAAACCAACAAAAGAAAACUUGCAGGAAGCCUGGAGGUGGGUGCUGGACCUGCAGUGUGGUGGCAGCAGGAACUUCCUGGAUGCUUUCAGAAAAUGUGUGGAGAACGAGGAGGAACGCUCACACCACAUCAAUGCGGAGGGUGUGUACCUGUUUACCAGCGGCGUACCCGACCAGGAUGUGAACGUGUGCCAGGCAUUCAUAGAGGAGAGUACGGGCGGACGCAACAUCAAGCUACACACAAUACUCUUCAACGUGGACGACUAUGACGCCAACGGGGCCAUUCCUGGGCGGUACGCAAACAUCACUAGCACAGCAGAGAGUCUGAGGAACCUGGCACACUGCAGUGGGGGCCGCUUUCACUGGAUCAGGGAGACCGGUAUCAUUGAAAGUGAUGAUAUCCAAGUGAUUACAACCGAAGUUGACAAAUGUCUCAACUUUUCACGCAAGUGCCAGAUGUUGAUAGACAAUGUGAAGAAAAAGUACAAAGAAAAAUAUCAACACUCGGAGGAAUUUCUAGCUUUGCCUGCACCCAGUAGAAAACCUGCACUGGCCACACCUGCACAGUCAGCACUGCCCUCACCUGCAGGACAGCUUGCUAUCAAGUACGAAGCUGAAGAUGCAGAAAACCAUGCAAUGGAGGCACCUUAUGUACGUCAACGACCCUCCAGUGCAAAAACACCGGGCGAGUCUAUGCUGCCUAUGAGAUCAAAAAUCCGGCCAGCUUCCGCCAAGGAAACGAGAGACCCACUGGAGCGUGUACAUAAGAAGCGUGUUGUGAAGUCCAGCUUCUUCCUGGACCACAACGGCAAGUCCCAGGGGGGCGAUGGCACCGGGAGCGUGUUCAGGAAGUACCCUGCCCCUCGACCCAUCCGUAAGAGCGUAGCACACCCCACCCUGCCUGACAAUGAGGACCAGAUGACCUCGAAAGAUUGGUUACGGUUGUACAGCCUAUCCAAGCUGAAGUUGGACCUUACCAAGCUAGUGUCUGGCCCUGACUGCAAACAUGUGGAACAGAAAGUGAAGGCACUCAACAAACAGGUGUCCGCUAAUUCUUCACAAUCUAAUAAGCCUAAAGGGAGGUACUGUGACAUCUUCCCAAGCAUCAACAUCAAGGGUACAGUGAAGCACCUACAGUUGCUGCCUCAUGAGCUGGAGGACUAUGAGAAACAAGUGGAGAAAGUACUCAAGAGAUAUCUCAAGCGGCUGCAGUGGCUUCUUAGUGGCAGUCGUCGUGUGUUUGGCACAGUGGUGCACAAGAAGUGUGCUAUUCUGAUCGACACGUCUGGUUCCAUGGUGCCCUACAUGGAGGAGCUAAAGAAGGAGCUGGCCUCGCUUGUGUGGGAGCAGCUCUACAGGCAGGGAUGCAGAUUCAACCUGAUACGUUUCUCUGGCAACUGUGAGAAAUGGAAUGAGAGAAUACAACCUGCGACCCAGGAGAACUGUCACUCUGCAAUCAAGUGGGCCUCCACUCUGAAGGCUAGUGGCAACACAUGUACACUGGAGGCCUUGCAGCUUGCCUUUGAAGACAUAGAAAUAGAUUCUGUAUACCUGUUGACGGAUGGUAAGCCAGACACUAGUACGUCCCUGGUCCUGCGACAAGUGGCAGAGAACACUAAGAAUAUGAUUCCUAUCAACACCAUAUCCUUCAACUGCAAUGACAGCACUGCCAACAGCUUCCUGCAGCUAUUGGCAACAGAGACCUCAGGUCGUUACCAUCGUUGCCAUAGCGACUUUGAUGCCCAACUCUUUGCUCAUAAGCUUCUGCAAGGUGGAUUCAAUGAUGCAGAGUAUCCCCAUCUACCGGAGUUGGAGGGUGAUGACUUGCGCCGGCUAGGUCAGGAGAUCACGCUGGCACGCAAAUACCUCCAGCAGGCGAGACAGUACAGAGCUCUGUAUACAUCAAAGUCAUCAACCCCAGCUCCUGAAGGGUCAGACACCACGCAAAGUAAGCCAGUCUUCGUUGUUGGAAAGCCAAAAAAAUAAAUGCAGCAACUAAAAUUCAGUGGACUGAUGCUGUAAUGAUGAAAUGGACAUCAAGAUACAAUGAAGACAUCCCUGGUUUUAACUUAUGCUGAAAUUGAAUAGUUAUUCUGAAUACAAACAUUCGAAUAUUUUUGGUACAUUUUGCUAUUAGUGUACAUAAAUAUUUGGUCUUCAUUGAUCUUUUUGGGAAGUGAGACCACUUUUUGUGGUAGGUGCAUUUAUAAAAAAGGCGCCAAACUGAACAUUUUCAAGCUUUUUUAUUUCUUUUUUUACGUUAUCUUUGUCAUUUUAGAUAAAUUGUAAAAUAUUUUACAUGUAUUACAGUUUGCAAAAUGUACGCUACAUGUAAAACUUUAAAAUUGUUUAGACUAGUCAAAUGGUAAAAUACAUGUUUUAUUGGUUUUUAUAAGAAAUGAUGCCUUUAUACUGAUUGAGUUUUGUCUGUGAUACAUAUUUAUUGUAUACAUUUUGUAUUAUAGAUUUAACAUAAUAUAAAAUUGUUAACAUUAUUUUAAAAUAUGCUUAAGGUGAUAGGAAUUGUACUGUUUCCUUCAUUGAAAAAAGAAUGUAUAAGUGUGAAAUAUUACCAUUUUUACACACCUAAAUGUUUUUUUAUUAAAACAAUUUGUAAGUAAAAAAUAUAAUUUAUAGAAGAAAAUUAAAAGCAUCAACAUA